CCUAAAAGACACAAAGUCUUUCGCGCGCAGCCGCCACUUCCUGAUUGCUCUGCCCUUACCUAAGAUGGCGGCUAGUUGCCUUCGGCCCGGCUUACUGCGGCUGCUCAGUACACUGCUGGCGCAAACAGGUCUACAGCCCUCCUGAACCGCGGAGGUGAAUCCUGGGACGCAGCGUGUCUCCGCCCCGCGGUGCAGCUAGGGGGUGUGCUUUGGGGGCAUAGGGGCUAGCUAAGGAGGAGCAGGACCCAGGGUCGUGCUGCGAUCGGCCUUUCCCUCGCUUCCUGGCACCAAGGCUGCACGAGCCCAAGGGUGAUUUUUUUUUCCCCUUGGGCCCAAUAUGAUACUAACCAAAGCCCAGUACGAGGAGAUAGCCCAAUGCCUAGUGUCUGUACCGCCCACCAGGCAGAGCCUGAGGAAGCUGAAGCAGAGGUUCCCCAGUCAAUCGCAGGCCACUCUGCUGAGCAUCUUCUCCCAGGAGUACCAGAAACAUAUUAAAAGAACACACGCCAAACAUCACACUCCAGAAGCGAUUGAAAAUUAUUACCAGAGGUACCUGAACGGCGUGGGGAGAAACGGAGCAGCCCCUGUGCUCCUGGAGCUAGCCAAUGAGGUGGACUAUGCACCCUCAUUAAUGGCUCGGAUUAUCCUGGAGAGAUUUCUACAGGGGCAUGAACAGACUCCACCCUCCAAGUCUGUUAUAAAUAAUAUGCUACGGGACCCUUCUCAGAUUCCAGAUGGAGUUCUAGCCAACCAGGUCUAUCAGUGCAUUGUGAACGACUGCUGUUAUGGACCGCUGGUGGACUGCAUCAAGCAUGCUAUUGGCUAUGAGCAUGAAGUCCUGCUGAGAGACUUACUUCUGAAGAAAAACCUGUCCUUCCUAGAUGAAGAUCAGCUCCGUGCAAAGGGCUAUGACAAAACACCAGACUUCAUUUUACAGGUGCCAGUUGCUGUGGAAGGGCACAUAAUUCACUGGAUUGAAAGCAAAGCCUCAUUUGGUGAUGAAUGUAGCCACCACGCCUACCUGCAUGGCCAGUUCUGGAGCUACUGGAAUAGGUUUGGACCAGGCUUGGUCAUCUAUUGGUACGGAUUUAUCCAGGAACUGGACUGUAACCGGGAAAGAGGCAUCCUGCUCAAAGCCUCUUUCCCCACAGACAUCGUCACCUUAUGCCAUAGCACAGCUUGACCCUGAAGAUCCUGGAAGAGAAGCCGGAAGCAAUGUGACUUUCCUGCUGUAUAAACUUCUGGCAACAUCUGCCCUGAACUUCAGCUGAACCCUGGCUGCUGCAGUCGCAGCCCUACCUCUCUAGACAAACAUAUCAAGAGUUUCUGUUUUCCUUCAUCGCUAGCCGAUGUGAAUAGCCAAGAACUGCGGACACAACCCACUCAUUAUCAGCAUCUCCGUCUCCGACACAGUUAGUUUAUAGAUAGUCAUAAUCCUGCUUCCUUCCGAAUGCUUUCUCCUUGCAUACCGAACAGAAGGGACAGUGUGGAGACUGAAGGGUGUGAUUUUUCAGUUCUCCUCCGUUAUGGAACACUCCCUUGCUUUUCCUUUUAAAGCUCCAUUCAUUGGCUCUCCCUGCUUUCUCUGCAUUGGUAUACUCUGGUACUAAGUGUUGCACUAACAUCAGGGAAUAACCUAGCACAAACCUAGAAAAGCUGGAGACAGGAAGUCUGUUAGCAAGUGUUCCUUCUCACCUGGGGCUCAGCAGAGCCGGACAGGACCUUUUCUGUGGAGACCUACGGCCUUGUGACUUCUGUGGCAUCCAGCCAAGCUGCAAAAAUCCCCCUUGAUGAGAAUUUCCUCUUUUCAUGAAGCUUAUUUGAACACGAGCAUUUCACAUUGAUCUCACCUUAAAGUAUGAGACGCUUUGUGUCCGGCAAACCAUGCUCCUUUGGCUUGGGGCUGAGGCAGAGGACUGACGCUCAGCCUCCCUCUCUACAGUGGCCUUUGAAACAUGACUGGUGGCCUAUACAAUGUUGGCCACUAUUUUUAUGAGUUUUUUUUUAAGUACAUUCAUACAUACUGCUUUGUGUCUGCAUUUUAUACCAAAUAAUUGUAUAAUGCCCAAAUAAUUUAGACAUUAUAGUCAGCUUUGAAUGAAUUAAGUGUUCCAGAAAAAUCCUAGAGUAAUUUUUAAAUAAGCAAAAUAAAAGAGAUUUUGUAUUUAUUCACUUUUAUAUACUGCAGACCAGACUUCAGUCCGAAGCAAAACAUCAAUAAAAUAAUUAUAAACCUAUCUUUUGGGAAAUUUAAAAGUAAUCUGUAUCCCCCCCCCAAAAAAAAAAGUAUUUAACAAUAUUUGCCCCAGUGCUUGUAAAAAUGUCGCUUUUAAAAUAUUGAGUAGAUGUUUUUAGAAGUAAAAAUAAGGCUUUUGGAAACACCUUAAGUCUUACACAUUGGUGAGUUCCUCUUGUACCUGGUCAGUGAGAAACUUGCCCUGUUGCCUUCCUGCCAAGGGCCACGAGUGUGGCAGGUCAGGAUAGGAUGGUAAGCCCUCCUGGGAGACGGCACUAAAUCACGGGGUCGGAGGCAGAGUGGGGAGGAAGCCUCAGGCAGGUUUUGCAUAUGAAACAGAUGGUUCGAGAACACCACUCCAUUGCCUUUAUACACACACUUUAAAGAAAACUACAAAAAUCUGUUUUUAUAGCAUGCCCUCAGCCACUGGUUUUGUUUGUUUUGUUUUGGGGGGUUUUUGUUUUUUUUGUUGUUGUUGCUGUUGUUGUUUUGGGGAGGGUGCAGUAAAUGACAUGUAUCUGCACAGAUAUUGAAAAUCCUGCUAAACCCUUGUCAAAGAUUUGCUUGUUUUAACAUUAGCCUAAUUUAUGAUGAGUGUGCACAAAUAAAUUUUAAAAGCUCAAAAGGUG